UAUGAAGUACUGGUGGAGGUACGUGCCGCAAUAGCAGAAUAUGACAAGGGACGAGUUCCUGUACCAUGGUGGCUACCGGAUCCAAUGAAAACCAACAAGAGAGACACUGGGAAGAGAGACAUGGACACUGGGAAGACUAUGGAUCCCAUUAGACCCCUCACUGGUGUGGGGCCUAGUAAUAUUAUAGGGUCCGUUCUAGGGGGUAAUAGUGUGGGACCCAGUAGCAUCGGAACCAGUGCCAAUAAUUCAAUUAUUAAUCUUGAUCUAUCAUCAAUUCCUUCACUACCAUCUGUAAUGAACGAGAAUACAUCUGAGAUUGAUAAUCUGACCAAUCAGAUUGCAGCGAGCAGGUCACGUGACAGUAAGCGAGACACAGCCGAGUAUCUUGUUGAGCGUGGUAUCCUCUAUCGUAAGCUUGGGUUUCUUGAAGAGGCAAUGAAGGAUUUCACCGAAGCUCUGGAGGUGUGUUCUUUCUUAUCCACGCCCCACUGGGAAAGACACCUACUCUUUCUUGUACUUGGAAAAGAAAAAUCUGCAGUUGAUGAAUUGACUCAACUUUUGAAGAAAGAUGCCAAUCACGGGCUUGGGUUUUUAUCAAAAGGUAUACUGCUUGCUAAAAGAGGUGACUUAAGCAGUGCUAUUGACAAUAUAACCAGAGCAAUAUGGAAAGAUGAUAAGAAUCCAAAAUUAAUAUUCCUGAGAGCAGAACUGAGAGAAAAGCGAGGUGAGACAGAAGCGGCCAUGAGUGACUAUGCUACUGUUGUUAAGCUACAGCCAAACAAUGAAGAAGCAUUGAUCAGACAAGCAAAGCACAGAUUCAAUAAACGGUUACUGACAGACUGUGACUGCUACUACGGUGAAUUCUGUAACCAUACAGAUAUACAUUACAUACAUUACCCUUUCCAUGCAGCAUUCUUUGCAUAUUAAAGGAUGGUUUUUGCUUUUAAACAUGUCUAUGUAUGUGAGUGCUAGAAAAGGCAUCUCAUUGUAUUCUAUUGAUCAUUGUUGGGACAAGUCUUGACUGUGUCAUCUGAUACUAAUGAAUUAUGUUUCUGCACUGUUUGGGUCUCAAUAGUAAAUCUCAUUAUAGUGAUAGGAAAAUUAGUAUGUACUGACAGCUCAGCAUCAUGUAUUGUAGCUUUAUGAAUAUUAUUAUAAAAAUCACAUGAGUGGUGUGACAUACAGAUAAACAAAUGAAUAUGCUGUAAUUCUAAUAAACCCAUGCAGAGUUCCUGUCACAAUGGUCUAUAAAUAUAGUUAUACAGAUAGGAACAUUUGUACACAGCUCUGUAUAUUAUUCAUGAGUGGUACUGUGUAACAAUAUUGAGUUAUGGAUGAUGUAAUCCUGAGAAUACCUAUAUGCAGAGAUAAUCAUACACAACUCACCUAAGUGACCUCACCACUAGCGUAUC